AUGGACGUAAAGAAGGGCCACUGCUGGCGUUGUGAGAAACUUCUGCCACAAAAUUUAGUGUUGAAGUGCUACCAGUGUCCGUUGGCUGAGUACUGCAGCCCGGGCUGCCUGCAGAAAGACAGAGUCAGGCAUGGCAGCGUGGAGUGCCAAAUCUUUGGGCCGAAACGGUGCAACCAAUGUGGAAAACAGGGCAAUCUCAAAGAGUGUUCAGCUUGCAACAAUGCCUGGUACUGCAACGCAGCAUGUCAGCAGCAGAGCUGGGCCAACCACAAGGAUGACUGCAAGCGAGUCACCUCUUACAUCAAAGCAGCAGGACUAGAUUUCGGCGAACUACACACUGGAAUAGGAGAUGAUGUUCACAAGACGGAUGACCCGCCAGCUUACAUCGGAAACACAAUUGCCGUUGACUUUCUGCAACUCGAGGGGAAUGAGUGGUCAGAGUUGGCUGAUGUCGGAGAGCAAGAGCUGAAGAGAGAUUAUUACGUGUUGUCGGCAGGUUGCGGAGAUCUACGGAAUACUCUGUUGACCACUGCAUCCUUGCCUCCUAGGUACGAGGGAACUGUUCACAUCACACUGGACGACUUUGAUCCGUUCGUGAUGGCAAGGAAUGUGAUGUUCCUUGUCAUGAUGGUGAAGCAUGCAGCCAGAGAUGGCAUCGCGCCUUCUCUGGCCACUAUCUGGUACUCAGUUCACAUCUCUUACAGCGACUACAAGCUGAUCCAGGAGAUGCUCCAAGAGCUGGUCCAGAUGAACUGUGAAGGUCUUUCCGCUCUCACCUAUGGGCUGGUGAGCAUUCACGAGGCUGAUUUUAGCUACCUGCAAGAGGUCUGGGAGGGAUGGCUCAAAUUACAGUGCAAACGCAGCGCUAGGAACUCCAUCCAGCUCCAUCAACAGAGAAAGAAGAUCUUCGAUGAAAACAUCGGAGCCCAGAUAGGGCUACCAAUGUACCUGAAUCAGAUGCCACACGCUGAUGCCAAGUUCAUGAGGAAAUGGUUCCAUAGUGGCUUGUUCCUCUCUGAGAACAAGGACCAAGGCAGUCUUCCUUUUGACAAUCCAACGCUGACCGGCCGACCAUCUUUGAAAUAUGAGUCCAGACAAACACGUCAUAAUCCUGGCAUGAAUUCACCAAAAGAUUAUAGCUUCGUGUACAAUGUAAACACUGACGCCACUCCUUUCAAUGUCUGGGACUGUUUGAGGGUUGCCGAGUUUACUGGCCGAAGCCGCUUGUCCGUGAUGGAGAGAUACCACGCAUACGUGACUCACGUUAUUCAAGAAUCCAUCAACUUCAUCAGUAAGAGGCGAUUAAAGAUCGGCAUAUUCCUGGCUAACUGUCUGGACUUUCCAAACCACCACCUCACACUCAAGAUGCCCAAGUAUGACCGAAUCUUCACGUCCAAUAUUCAGGAUUUGGUCGGUCUUGGCAUACUUCUGAAGACCUUCAAACCACUCCUGAAUGGUGACAACGGGCACUCUGUCAUCAUGACACAGACCAUGAACUGGAUCAGAUAUACAUCUGCGGCAGACGUCCAGCAUGUGUCAUGGAUGGAGGUGUUCAGGUACCUGGACAUGUGCCAACAAGACACGGGCCUCAGCCGGGACCUCUGCGAAGACGUAAACAACCACAGGGAGUACUACAACAACACUCACUGGUUCCUAGCCUACCUCCGUGCAGACAUCAUGGGCGGGGGUACUGGGAUACCAGCCAAGGAUCGCGUCCCAAAGCUCACCGAAGUAAUGCACUUCAAUGGAAUGCAAAUGCGUGACUUCCGGAAGAGGCUGAAUAAGUUGAUACCCUUCCAGUAUCGUGUGAACGCACGAAAGAUAACUUUGCUGAGCGGCAUGGAUAGAAAUUUAGAGUGGUGUCUCCCCGAUCACGAUGACUAAAAUCAGAGUACAUAUCGCUAGAGAAUCCAGAAACAAAUACUCCCUUAAUAGAGACCAAAAAAGAUGCAAUCAACAGUUGAACAAUAUUGCUGUUGUUUGCUCAGGUCCCGAUUUCACAAAAUGCUAAGACGUGUCUGAGGAAGGUUAACUUGUCUUAUCUCACGACUUGUCCUAGGAUCGAUUUUACCAACACAUCCUAACUUCCUUAGUAAUGUGGCUGAACUUGUGUUACCUUAUGAUUGAUCUUAGGGUCAU